GGCUGAGCUGCAGAUGCAGACAUGCAGAUCUUUGUGAAGACCCUCAUGGGCAAAACCAUCACCACUGAGGUCGAGCCCAGUGACAUCACUGAGAAUGUCACAGCCAAAAUUCAAGACAAGGAGGGUGUCCCACCUGACCAGCAGCAUCUGAUAUUUGCCGGCAAACAGCUGGAGGACGGCCGCACUCUCUCAGACUACAACAUCCAGAAAGAGUCCACCCUGCACCUGGUGUUGCACCUGCGAGGUGGCAUUAUUGAGCCUUCCCUCCGCCAGCUUGCUCAGAAAUACAACUGCAACAAGAUGAUCUGCCGCAAGUGCUAUGCUCGCCUUCACCCUCGUGCUGUCAACUGCCGCAAGAAGUGUGGCCACACCAACAACCUGCGUCCCAAGAAGGUCAAAUAA